GUUUGUGGCAUCAGCUGUCAAACAAGUCAAACAAGAUACAGGAAAAAAUCCAUAUAUUUUCUGGGACGACUGUACAUUUGAGAUGAGGUUAGUGAUCACAGACACCGCUGCUGAUGUUGCUGACUGGGCAGCCAAGUACAUCAAGAAGAAGAUCACAGAGUUUAACCCUGGCCCUGAUAACUACUUCACUCUCGGACUCCCAACUGGCAGUACUCCGUUGGGCACGUAUAAAAAGCUCAUAGAAUUCCACAAAGAGGGAAAGCUGUCUUUCAAAUAUGUGAAGACAUUUAACAUGGAUGAAUACUGUGAUUUGCCUCGUGAUCACCCAGAGAGCUACCACUCUUUCAUGUUCAACAGCUUUUUCAAGCAUAUUGACAUUGACCCAGCCAAUGCCCUCCUGCUGGACGGAAACGCCCCCGACCUUGAGAAGGAGUGUGAUGAGUAUGAACGCAAGAUUAAGGAGGCUGGUGGCAUACAGCUCUUCCUGGGAGGCAUAGGUCCAGAUGGCCAUAUAGCUUUCAACGAGCCGGGAUCCAGCCUGGUAUCUCGUACCCGUGUGAAGACCCUUGCACAGGAAACCAUCAUUGCCAAUGCCCGUUUCUUCGGAGGGGAUAUCGCCAAGGUGCCUACCAGGGCUCUCACUGUCGGAGUGGCAACUGUCAUGGAAGCAAAGGAGGUAAUGAUCCUCAUAACAGGAGCCCACAAGGCGUAUGCUCUUCACAAGGCCAUCGAGGGUGGGGUGAGUCACAUGUUCACCGUCAGUGCAUUCCAGAUGCACCAGUGUGCCAUCUUUGUGUGUGACGAGGAUGCAACCAUGGAACUCAAGGUGCGCACGGUCAAGUACUUCAAGGGACUGAAUGCUGUGCACCAUAAACUUAUUGAGGAUGCAUAGGGUAAAUGUCUGGUCAGCUGGGCACUGUUGCAUGAGGCUCUGUUUAAGACAUAAGUUCAUGUUAUUUGAUCUGUUAAGAUUUUUGUACAAUAAUUAUGUGUUUUUUUUAAUGUGGCCAUUAAUUUUGUAGCUGAUAUUAAAGCUUAUACCAUUGUUCGGUUCAAAAACAUUCCCUUUACUAAGAAUAUUAUAAAUAAUGAAUGUUCAUGUAUAUUACUAUCACAAACUGGCUGGAUCUCAUCAUGAAUGCCGAUGUCCACACCAAAUUAAUGAUCUGUUUGUUGGAUUAAACCACAUUUGUUUGAUGCAAAUAAAUACAAAUUAUGCCACCUAUCGAGUUUUUCACUUAAAAAACUGCACUUGCAUUUUUUGUCUGUUACAUUGUCCUUAAAGAUAUAUUACAAGGUGUAUAUAAAAUGAAUUAUUAGCAUGAUAUUUCCUUUAGCUUACAUUCAGAAGAAAUAUUAAACAUAAAUAUGAGAUAUGGUUUCCUGCGCACACUUCUGUUUUUUUAAAUUGAAAUGGAAAAAUGGCUCCAAUUUUUCUUGGCAGGAAAAGAGGUAAACAUUUGGUGUGGCUGAAAGUAUCAUGUUUGUUUCACUUAUACAUGAAUUAAUAUGUUAAUUAUUACAUUUGAAAAUGUUGUCUGUCUUAUUUUUGUGUAAUUAAAGGUGUCUGUAGGUAGUUAUAAUGAGAAAACUAUUGAAUUUAGUAAAUAUUUUAAACAACAUGAAAUACCCCACUUUUUAAGUGGAUAUGGCUUAAGUAGACAUGCUUUAAAUAAAAGGUGCAAAAUAUUUACCUGGUGCUAGAAUUGAAAUAAUAAUUAUUGCUUUAAUUGAUUUUUUUUUUGAAAUCCGUUCUUUGUAUCAUUGUAACACUAUAAAAUGUUUAUUAUUUUGUAUUGUUUCGAUCAUUUCAGCAAAAAUAGGAAUGGUUUUGUUUUAACCUUGAUGCUGUUGUGUUAACCAUCACUCAAUAUGAGUGUUUUUUGCCAGUCUAAAAUAAGUGUGCAAAAAAAUCUAAACUGGCCAUCAUUUAAAAUUCAAUUCCAGUUAAUUCAAUUAAAUAGUACACUUGUUGUAAUCAAUCAUGCAUAGUAAAGCCCAAUUAUAGCAAAGCCCAAUUCUCCUGCUUUAGUAGUUCUCGACCUAUGCCCAGAAAAUAGACAAGCAUUAUUAUUGGCUUGCAAUGCUCUUGUUUACUUCAUUUUUAGCUAGACUAUUCGAAGAAUAAGGAGAGCUAUCCUAGUCAUUGAGCGUAGGCGUCGGUGUCAUCGUAACCACUUAAUGUUAAAGUUUUUGUAAGAGUUUUUGUACCACCUCAAAUAUUUUCAAAGUCCAUUGACAUAAGGCUUUGAAACUUUGCACACUUGUUCACCAUCAUGCCCCCAACCUGUACACAGGAGGAGGUAACUCUAUCAAGCGUUUUGACAAAAUUAUACCUCUUUUUCUACUUAGAAUUUAGGUUAAAGUUUGCGUACCACCUCAAAUAUUUUCAAAGUCCAUUGACAUCUGGCUUUGAAACUUUGCACACUUGUUCACCAUCAUGCCACCAACGUGUACACAGAAGGAGGUAACUCUAUCAAGCAUUUUGACAAAAUUAUGCCCCUUUUUCUACUUAGAAUUUACGUUAAAGUUUGCAUACAAUAUCUCAGCUAAUCAUGUAUUGCAUUGAAAUCUAAUCUAACAGUGAUCCAUGCAUGUUUCCCCAAAACUUUUCAAUUCAUACACCGAAAAGCGGCGGAAUAGUCGAGCGCACUGUCUCUGUGACAGCUCUUGUUUAAAUUGUAAAUUCUAUUGAGAAUCUACAUAAUUACAAGGGUGUAUUACAUCUUUGAUAUGAUGGCAUUUCUGUCUAUGUGCCAUAUCUUGAUAUGUUCCCUAUUUUCAUGUGUAUUUGUUGUUUUCACUUUGUGCCAUUUACUUACCCGGAUGUUUUAUGUGAAAAUUGAAAGCAAUAUUACAGCAAUAUGACAUUUAUUCUUCAAUUGAAUCUGGAGCUUACUACCUCAAACUUCUAUUAGAUCUUGCCCAUUGUUGAUGGUUUUUGAUAAGAGGGAUGCAUGUAUCUUUGUAAGAAUUCAUAAGGCUGAAUAUAGCAUAAAUUGUUGAACAGAGAGAAGCUGUAUUUUCAGAUUAUUACAAUGAUUUAAGUUGUGUGUUUUUAUUAAUUUUGUUGAUAUUGGAAAAUGUUGAAUCAGAAGCCACAUUCAGGUUAUUUAGUGUCGUUGAAGCAUUUGGUGUUGUGUAGAUGCCUAUGCAUUGUUGGACCACAAUAUCCACAUUUCACACUUUUUACAAAAUUGAUUUAAAAUUUUGAAAUGUGUACUAUCAAACUGGUGGGGGGGGGCAAGGAAUACCCAAGCAUUUCUUUCACAGAAGUUCUCCUAAAUGUCUUGUGCAUAACGUGACUAGUGAAAAAAUCUCUGUUGUUGAUUUGUCCGUCUUUCCAUCUGUAUUUUUGGCUGUCUGUCUGUGUCCUUCCAUAUGUCCAAUUGCUAUACACUCUGGUAUAAUAUAAUAUAUAUAAUUUGAUUGGCAGUUGCACAAGAAUAAAAGUAACUAUAAGAAAAACAAGUAAUUUCUUACGAAAGCAUAGUUUUGCAAUUAUCCCUUAAAAUCUAUUUUAACGGUGUGUUUGCUAUUCAUUUAUAACCAGUUUAUAUCUUGGGACGUUCACCCUUUCAUUCCUGAAAUAACUUAAGCUCAAAAAUAUACACUCUGGUGUAUCUUAUUAUUUCAGGCUUUCUUUUCUAGUGCACAUUGGGUACCACAUUUAAGACCUAGGUGAACACUUACGGGUCACAUUCUUUUGACUAAAAUUUAUAGCAACCUUACCACAACUAAAAAAAAUGAUAUGGAAAGUAUUUAACAAAAAUGUGUGAAAAUGUGCUUGUUGACAGAAAGAUGAAUACAAUUUUAAUACAUGUACUGGUUGACCAUAAAGACAUAGAAAACUACUGUGAAAAUGUGCUUCAAUACAUGUGGAAAUUGCCCCAUCAAGUACAAAAUUCACACAGGUAUCUGUAAGAUCUCUGUCUUAAAUUUGAAGCCAGAACAUUUGCUUUGUAUUUUUCACUGUCUUAAAUUUGUAGAGAGAGCAUUUAAUUUGUAUUUUCUCCAUCUUUAAUUUGAAACGAGGGCAUUUACUUUAUUUUGUUUUUUUCUUAAAUUUGAAGUGAGAACAUUUACUUUGUAUUUUUGUACUUUUAAUAUUGUGGACUAUUGCACAAAACUGAAUGUUAUGGAACUAGCUAUGAAUAAAUAAUGAUAAUGAA